AUGGACCGUAUGGCUUGCUGCGGAAUACAUCGACGGCGCUCCGAAACUGCCAGCUGUGAGCAGUGUCUGUCACAGUUUUUGUUCCAGAUGCAACCAGCGGGCUGUAUUUUAAUAGAUUUCGUGAUAGUUGGCGACCAUUGUCUCGUCAGUAGUGCCAAUGCGAAGCUGUGUACUUUGAACAGCGAAAGUUCGCCACCCGAACGAAUGUAUGUGGCGCUCGAGCAGACACCAGUGAUACAGGGAUAUGGGCGAGAAACCACGGCCCGCAGACUGCUCCGGCUCGUCGCGAUUUCUCGUUCACAUCGACAUGGCUUGAAGGUUUAUGAUUAUGUGCCAACUUGGUCGCACAUUGUUAGUAAUCGACGAAACGCCUGGGAAGAAAAAGCAAAGAAUACAGAAGCCCGCGUCCAGAUGCAUCCUUCCUCGAAAAUCGCACCAGAAGAACGUCCACACUGGUACAACAAGGCUAACCAGACACAUAACCUAUGGCAGAAUGAAGCCAAUCGGCUAAGCCGGAGCGGAGCAGGAUUCGGCGACGCUACUCAGACCAGCUACGAUUACGUCCAUCAUGGUGAGAGUCGAAAAAGUCGCGAGGAAUUCGGCAGUCAAAAAGGACGUACGGAAUACAGUACUGAUGAUAGACCAGGUGGCAGUUACGAUGGUGGUUUUGUCUCACAGACUCAUUAUACAACACAAGCUGGUCGUAGAACGGAGAAUGGACAGUGGCGAGAAGGCCAGUACUACAGUUCUUAUGCAGCUAGCCAAAAGCAGCAAUAUAAAACAGAGCAUGGAGCGCCUACCCCGCCAGGCACCUACAGAAGUUAUCCUGCUGCUAUACCCAUCAGUCCACCACAAGCGGACUCUUCAAGUAAGCAGCAGCAACGGCAAGAGCAGGAUCAGCUCACAUCCGGCUGGCAGUAUCAAAGGUAA